AUGAAAUCCCUGCCGCCCGAAAUCCCUGCCGCCCCAAACUCGCUGCCGCCCCAAACUCGCUGCCGCCCCAAACUCGCUGCCGCCCCAAACUCGCUGCCGCCCCAAACUCGCUGCCGCCCCAAACUCGCUGCCGCCCCAAGCUGGCUGCCGCCCCAAGCUGGCUGCCGCCCCAAGCUGGCUGCCGCCCCAAGCUGGCUGCCGCCCCAAGCUGGCUGCCGCCCCAAGCUGGCUGCCGCCCCAAGCUGGCUGCCGCCCCAAGCUGGCUGCCGCCCCAAGCUGGCUGCCGCCCCAAGCUGGCUGCCGCCCCAAGCUGGCUGCCGCCCCAAGCUGGCUGCCGCCCCAAGCUGGCUGCCGCCCCAAGCUGGCUGCCGCCCCAAGCUGGCUGCCGCCCCAAGCUGGCUGCCGCCCCAAGCUGGCUGCCGCCCCAAGCUGGCUGCCGCCCCAAGCUGGCUGCCGCCCCAAGCUGGCUGCCGCCCCAAGCUGGCUGCCGCCCCAAGCUGGCUGCCGCCCCAAGCUGGCUGCCGCCCCAAGCUGGCUGCCGCCCCAAGCUGGCUGCCGCCCCAAGCUGGCUGCCGCCCCAAGCUGGCUGCCGCCCCAAGCUGGCUGCCGCCCCAAGCUGGCUGCCGCCCCAAGCUGGCUGCCGCCCCAAGCUGGCUGCCGCCCCAAGCUGGCUGCCGCCCCAAGCUGGCUGCCGCCCCAAGCUGGCUGCCGCCCCAAGCUGGCUGCCGCCCCAAGCUGGCUGCCGCCCCAAGCUGGCUGCCGCCCCAAGCUGGCUGCCGCCCCAAGCUGGCUGCCGCCCCAAGCUGGCUGCCGCCCCAAGCUGGCUGCCGCCCCAAGCUGGCUGCCGCCCCAAGCUGGCUGCCGCCCCAAGCUGGCUGCCGCCCCAAGCUGGCUGCCGCCCCAAGCUGGCUGCCGCCCCAAGCUGGCUGCCGCCCCAAGCUGGCUGCCGCCCCAAGCUGGCUGCCGCCCCAAGCUGGCUGCCGCCCCAAGCUGGCUGCCGCCCCAAGCUGGCUGCCGCCCCAAGCUGGCUGCCGCCCCAAGCUGGCUGCCGCCCCAAGCUGGCUGCCGCCCCAAGCUGGCUGCCGCCCCAAGCUGGCUGCCGCCCCAAGCUGGCUGCCGCCCCAAGCUGGCUGCCGCCCCAAGCUGGCUGCCGCCCCAAGCUGGCUGCCGCCCCAAGCUGGCUGCCGCCCCAAGCUGGCUGCCGCCCCAAGCUGGCUGCCGCCCCAAGCUGGCUGCCGCCCCAAGCUGGCUGCCGCCCCAAGCUGGCUGCCGCCCCAAGCUGGCUGCCGCCCCAAGCUGGCUGCCGCCCCAAGCUGGCUGCCGCCCCAAGCUGGCUGCCGCCCCAAGCUGGCUGCCGCCCCAAGCUGGCUGCCGCCCCAAGCUGGCUGCCGCCCCAAGCUGGCUGCCGCCCCAAGCUGGCUGCCGCCCCAAGCUGGCUGCCGCCCCAAGCUGGCUGCCGCCCCAAGCUGGCUGCCGCCCCAAGCUGGCUGCCGCCCCAAGCUGGCUGCCGCCCCAAGCUGGCUGCCGCCCCAAGCUGGCUGCCGCCCCAAGCUGGCUGCCGCCCCAAGCUGGCUGCCGCCCCAAGCUGGCUGCCGCCCCAAGCUGGCUGCCGCCCCAAGCUGGCUGCCGCCCCAAGCUGGCUGCCGCCCCAAGCUGGCUGCCGCCCCAAGCUGGCUGCCGCCCCAAGCUGGCUGCCGCCCCAAGCUGGCUGCCGCCCCAAGCUGGCUGCCGCCCCAAGCUGGCUGCCGCCCCAAGCUGGCUGCCGCCCCAAUCUGGCUGCCGCCCCAAGCUGGCUGCCGCCCCAAAUUAGACACUUGA